ACGCCUUCUCUGGAUUACUACGAAGUAGUUAGCCGUCAACAAACGAAAGCAGACACAUUUCGACAAUUAGGACUAUUUCCACGCUUAAAGGGCAACAUGCAUUGAUACCAGUCUUGAUAUAUAGCGAGAGAUGUUACAGAUUUGUUGAAUUCUUCUUCUCAAGUUAGCUAACAGUUAGAUAGCUGAUUGAAUUGAACCGGUUCAGCAACGAGUUUAGCUGCGCCAGCUUGUCUUUCUGUUUUUCUUUCAUCUAACGUUACCACCGACAAAGUUGUUUGGACAGUUUGGUGCCCUCAAGUUCCUGCCAUGGCUGACAGUAGCAUGGUGACGUUAGGGACAGCGCGGAGUCUGUUGGUGGAUUCUUCUGUCUAUGAUUCGAGGAUAGCCGAAACCACCAGGGACCAUGUAUUUCUGGGCAUGGCAUGUGAAGAUGGGGAAGAUGUGCUGCCAAAAGUGGAGACGAGGGUUGUUCUGGUGGGAGAAGCGGGCAGAAAUGGAGCGCUCGUCAAAGCACUGCAGGCCGUCAGAGUAAUGGAGGUACCAGUGGUAAAGAUAAGACAAGGCGAGGCGGGUGCCGAAGAGAAAAUGAUGAUAAAAUCUAUAGUCAAUAUGGACAUCAACACCCCAUGCAUAAUUACAGACAGAGUCCAAGAGUUUGGAGAUGGAGAGAACACUGAAUUUGAGACGGUGUUCAUCCUGACAGACUUUGAUUCUCCCGACUACAGCUACCUCUACAAACGCGACAACCGCAUUGUUGGCCCUCCUGUUGUGCUGCACUGUGCCGCGAAGGAGGAACCCCUACCAUUUUCAUGUCGUCCUCUCUACUGCACCACCAUGCUUAACCUGUCGCUGUGUUUCACGGGAUUCAGAAACAAAGAGGAAAUGAAGAAAUUGGUGAAUCUUGUUCAUCACAUGGGGGGGACAAUACGGAAAGACUUCAGCACUAAGGUUACUCAUCUCAUCGCCUACUCCACUCAUGGAGAGAAAUACAGGCUGGCAGUGUGCAUGGGGACGCCCAUCCUUACUCCAUCAUGGAUUCAAAAGGCCUGGGAGAGAAGAGAUGAUGUGUACUUCCAUGCAGGAGAAGAGGACUUCCGAACAGAGUUCAAAGUGCCUCCAUUCCAGGACUGCAUCCUCAGUUUUUUAGGUUUCUCAGAUGAGGAGAAGACCAACAUGGAGGAGAGGACUCGCAAACACGGUGGCGGUUAUGUUGAGAUUGGAGAUGAGAAGUGUACGCACAUGGUGGUGGAGGAAAACUCAGUGAAGGAGCUGCCAUUUUCUCCCUCUAAGAAACUCUAUGUGGUCAAACAGGAGUGGUUCUGGGGAAGCAUUCAGAUGGAUGCUCGGGCCGGUGAGUCCAUGUACCUCUACAAGAAGAAUGACAGCCCAGCCAUGAAGAAAGCAGUGUCCCUCCUGUCCCUCACCACCCCCAACAGUAACCGUAAGCGUCGGCGUCUGAGGGACACACUGGCGCAGCUCACCAGGGAGACAGAGAUCUCCCCCUUCCCUCCACCACGUAAAAGGCCAUCAGCGGAGCACUCCCUGUCUAUGGGUUCUCUGCUGGACAUCUCGAACACCCCUGAGACAUGCAAGGCCUUCGCAGAAGGCAGAGUAGGGAACAGUUCAGAGAGCAAAGGAGACGAUACUGUGACCAGGAAUAGGAUGAGAAGAAGGAAACCCAGGGAAAGGAAGAUAAGGGCAGACAGGGAAGAGAGGAGGAGAAGGUCUUACCAGAGCACAGGUAUCCUUCAACAACCUGAAAAGGAGCAUCAGCCAGGAACUUCUGCAGAGAGUUCCAAGCCAUCCAAGAGUUCAACGCCACUUCUGUCCAAGCAGUCAGCCAGGUGGCAGGUCUCCAAGGAGCUCUACCAGACUGAGAGCAACUAUGUAGACAUUUUAAGCACCGUCCUACAGCUUUUCAAGCUUCCAUUGGAAAAAGAGGGACAGGUGGGCGGCCCCAUUUUGGCCCCAGAAGAAAUUAAGACGAUAUUUGGCAGCAUCCCCGACAUCUACGACGUUCACACCAGAAUAAAGAGUGACCUUGAGGAGGUCCUCACAGACUGGUCAGAAGACAAGAAUGUAGGAAACAUCAUUCUCAAAUAUUCUAAAGAGCUGGUGAAGGCCUACCCACCUUUUGUCAACUUUUUUGAAAUGAGCAAGGAGACCAUUGUUCGGUGUGAGAAACAAAAGCCACGUUUCCACGCUUUUCUCAAGAUCAACCAGGCCAAGCCGGAGUGUGGCCGGCAGUCACUGGUGGAGCUGCUCAUCAGACCUGUACAGAGACUGCCCAGUGUGGCCCUUCUUCUUAACGACAUAAAGAAGCAUACGUCUGAUGACAACCCAGACAAGAUAACACUGGAGAAAGCAAUUGAGUCUUUGAAAGAAGUCAUGACUCACAUCAACGAGGACAAGAGGAAGACUGAAGGCCAGAAACAGAUCUUCGAUGUUGUUUAUGAGGUUGAUGGCUGUCCUGCCAACUUGCUGUCCUCCCAUCGCAGCCUGGUUUACAGAGUAGAAACAAUUGCCCUCGGAGACCAGCCAUGUGACCGUGGAGAAUACGUGACACUCUUCCUCUUCAAUGACUGCCUUGAGAUUGCAAGGAAGCGUCACAAGGCGAUCAAUACAUUUAAGAGUCCGCUGGGACAGACGAGACCACCUCCCCCGCUCAAACACAUUGCACUGAUGCCGCUGUCCCAGAUUCGAAGAGUCCUGGACCUGCAGGACACAGAGGAUUGUGUGAAUGCGUUUGCCCUGGUGGUCCGCCCCCCAACUGAACAGGAGAACUUGCUGUUUAGCUUUCAACUGGCUGGAGAGGAAACUGUUAAAAGCACCUGGCUGCGAACACUUUGCAGACAAGUCGCCAACACCAUCUGCAAGGCUGAUGCGGAGGACCUGAUUCAGUGUACAGACCCCGACUCACUACAGGUCAGUACCAAGGAUAUGGACAGCACCCUGAGCAAAGCGUCCAGGGCCAUCAAGAAGACUUCUAAAAAGGUGACAAGGGCCUUUUCUUUCACCAAGACCCCGAAGCGUGUGAUCCAGAGGGCGUUCAUGGCCAACAGUACUCCGGAUGAGAAAAGCCAGGGGCUGAGUUGUGAAAACCGCAUUAGCAGCAGCGCCACACUGGCUAUGUCUCGCUCUGCCUCCACGUUCAGUUUGAGUGAUUCUCCCAAGAGCAGUGCCGUGGUGCAGCGCUCAAACUCUCUGGACCAUCCUCCUGUCAGAACCAGGGUCCCUGUCUGUAUACGUAUCCCCUGCAGCCCACCCCAAAACUCUGCCCAUAGCCCCAGCCCAAACACUGUCCCCGAGCUUAGCCAAACCCUCUGCCCCAACGAUUGCCCAGGCACCCCAGAAAGCAAGUCCACCCUUCAUGCUCCUUUAUCAACCCAACCGGCACAACCUCAUUCAGCCCUCUACACUCGCCAACAGUCCACCUCUUCGACCUGUCCCACCUCCGCUUCCAUUCCAGCUGUCCGAAACUCCGCUCAGUUCAACUCCAAAAACUACCAGCCGAAAUCUAGCGAGCACGUGUCCAGACACCUGCCCUCUGUGUUGUUCCAGCCAAGUUCCUCAGCUCCUCAGCCUGUUAAUGUCAAAGGCAGGACCUUUUCUGAGUUAUGCAGGGAUCCCCUUGUCCACUUGGACCCACGCAAGUCUGUGCUGACCAGUCCUCGCAGGGAGACUCUGCUCUAAACCAUCACUAAGCUCAGUCCUGGAGUCAGACGCACACCAUUCCCCCUCCAUGGUCAGCCUGCAUUCCGCGUUUGAGAGGAAGUACCACACAUUCAGUCGUUCGACCACCCAUCUCUUCUGAGACGCCGCUGCU